CCAGGGGGCUGAAGCGAGCGCGCACCGCUGUGCCCGGGGGCUCCCGUGUAGACGGCGCCUCCUCCCAUCGCUCGGACCCAUACCCAAUGCUGCUGAUGCUGCCUUGUGCUGCAGCCCCCUCCUGCUGCGGCGGCUGCAGCUGUUGAGGCGCUUGGAGCGCAGAGGAGGCGGAGGAGGCGGAGGCGGCUCGGGGGGCCAGAGCGGGGACUAUGGGAAACGGGAUGUGCUCCCGAAAGCAGAAAAGGAUCUUCCAAACGCUGCUGCUGCUCACCGUGGUGUUCGGCGUCCUUUACGGGGCCAUGCUCUACUACGAGCUGCAGAACCAGCUGCGCAAAGCCGAGGCGGUGGCGCUCAAGUACCAGCAGCACCAGGAGGCCCUCUCCGCCCAGCUACAAGUUGUAUAUGAACAUAGGUCAAGACUAGAAAAAUCUUUACAGAAGGAAAGACUUGAACACAAGAAGGCAAAAGAAGAUUUUCUGGUUUAUAAAUUAGAAGCACAAGAAACACUAAAUAAAGGAAGGCAAGAUUCCAACAGCAGAUACAGUGCAUUGAAUGUACAACAUCAGAUGUUGAAAAGUCAGCAUGAAGAGCUGAAGAAGCAACACAGUGACCUAGAAGAGGAGCACCGAAAGCAAAGUGAUGACUUCAGUCGAACCUUCAGUGAUCACAAGCAGAGAUACCUCCAGCUUCAGCAAGAGAAAGAGCAGGAGCUCUCCAAACUCAAGGAGACAGUUUACAAUUUGAGAGAAGAGAACAGACAGCUCAGAAAGGCCCACCAAGACAUACACACACAGCUCCAAGAUGUAAAGCAACAGCAUAAGAAUUUACUGACCGAGCACGAACACCUAGUAGUGACUUUGGAAGACCACAAGAGCGCGCUAGCGGCUGCGCAGACCCAAGUAGCAGAAUAUAAACAACUAAAAGAUACACUGAAUAAGAUUCCAAGCUUCCGAAAACCAGAUAGAGUGGAAGAACCAAAUGUCGUCCAGGUAGCACCUUCUCGCCCAGCUGAUUUCACCACCAAAGAGAAGAAGAUAACUGAGGAGCCAAAAGAGGUUCCCCGCAGUAAUGAAAAAUGGCAAGACCGGGGGCAGGCUGUUGGGGAGAGGACGGAAGAGGCCAGGACCUUGCAUCCCACCCCAAAAGAGAUGGAGUUCCAUCCUCAGAAUAUGCCAAUCCAGCAUGAGGAGGAGGAGGAAGAAGAGUCCAGACGGCGGGAGGAGGAGCCUGAGCACCAGGUUGAGGAAGAAAACAAGCGGGAGCUGGAGGAGGAGGAGAUGGAGCAGGUGGGGCAGGCUGAGCGUCUGGUAGAAGAACAAGAGCAUGAAUGGAAGGAGCAGAAAGAGGAAGAAACCAACCUCCUGCCAGAGCAUGCUCAGCCAGAGGCUCGGUCUUCAGAGAGGGCUGUGACCCGCGCCAAGUCGGCGUAUGAGGAACAGUUAGAGCAGCAGCAGCUGGCCGCCAGGAGGGCCGAAGAAGCCCGCCAGCUCCGGGAGCGCCAGGAGUCCCUGCGGAAGCAGAGGCUGCAGGAGCACUUGCUGCGGCAACAGAGGCUUCAAGAGAGAGAGCAGGCUGCGCACCGCCAGGCUGAGCCGGAAGAGGAGGAGCACCGCCAAAAGCGCUUCCGGCAGCAAACGCGUUAUGAUGCUCUGGAUAAUGAUAUCGUCCAAGGAGCGGAGGAACAGGGCGUCCAAGAGGAAGAAGGGGCCUAUGAAAGAGACAACCAACACCAAGAUGAAACUGAAGAUGAUCCACGUAAAGAGAAUGUGCCCCUAGGACAAGGACAGCAAGCAGAUAACCCUGAACCUGACGUGAGUCAAGCAGCUGGUGAGGAUGUAAACCCAGCAGACGACCCAAACAAUCAAGGAGAAGAUGAGUUUGAGGAAGCGGAGCAAGUCAGGGAAGAGAACUUGCCGGAGGAGAAUGAGGUGCCCAAGCAGAGCAGUCAAAAGCAAGGAAAUGCUGAAAUGGAGGAGCAUUUGGUGAUGGCAGGAAAUCCAGACCAGCAGGAAGAUAAUGUCGAUGAACAAUACCAAGAAGAAGGGGAAGAGGAGGGUCAAGAAGAUUUGACGGAGGAGAAGAAACGGGAAUUGGAGCAUAACAAUGAAGAGCCCUAUGGGGAAAACGAUGACAAUGUGGAUGAUAAAAACAAUGAUGCCCAAGAACAGGCAGCUCAAGAAAUCAAUCCCCGCAAAGGCCAUGAAGAAAACUAUGAGGAGGAAGAGGACGAAGAGGAAGGCGGUGCGGUGGAGAAAGCUCGUGGAAGAGCGGAAAUGUGAUUUUUGGCAGUGCUGGGGAAGACUUGGGCAGACGGUUCCUUUUGCAGCUGCUUACAGACAAUAUGCCUACUGAACGCCAAGAUAUUUAAUGACGGUUCAGAGCUGCGACUUUUCUUUUUUACUUUUGUAUUAGACGGCCUCAUCCCUUUAUAUGAAUAUAAUAUUUUGAUAUUCUAGGUUAAUGCUUCUUUUGUAUGCAAGCUAAAGACGAGGAAAGAAAAACACAUUCAAAGCUCCGAAUCAUACUUCUUCCUUGCUUUCUUUUUUUCGGGGGGUCAGGAGGGGUGGUGACACUGUCAAUCAAGCAUGUUAAUUCUGUACGUGUUUACACGAGUUAUUUUCCAAGCAUCUCGUUUUGGACACAUAUUCUGUUCCAGCAAGCAAUAUGAGAAAAACGAGUGGGGCUCCGUGGCAGACAGACCACAGAUGGUCAGGUCGGUCAUCCGUUAUGUUCCCAAGUUCCUGGGCUCAGCUAGAUAAGAGUUUUAAAACUGUAAGUCAUAAGGAAGUAGCAGAUUUGCAUCCCUGGAGAUCCUGUGAUCUCACUCCUGAGAAUCCCUCCACAAUGAUAUCUGCAACCCGAGAUUAUCUCAUUUUGUUUAGACCUAGUCUGUGCAGCAGAGAUGAUUCCACUACCAGGUGCCCCAUGCAGGGCGGUGAC